CAGUUAUAUAUAAAUAAUAUAGAUUUGUUCAGAUGAUUCCACUUUCCAUAUAUAGUUUGAGUACAUUGAUUAAUUGUUAUUAUUCCAUUAUAAUAAUGAGGAUUAUGAGAAUGAUAGUAUUAGUAGUGUGGCUUCUUUUCUUGCUUACCACCGCUGCUCAUGUACGGUGUGAUGAUGGUGAUCAACAAGGCAGUCAGUGCAUAGAGAAGGAGAAAGAGGCUCUCCUCAGCUUUAAGAGAGUUGCUGAUCCAGGGAGCCUUCCUGAUUGUUGGGGGAAUUUCAAUAGGACUCUAUUUUUUCUGAAGUUGGACAGCAAUGAAUUCUCAAGAAAGAUCCCAAUUUCCAUUGGAAGUUUGACAAAACUUCAAUCUCUACAGUUGGAGCACAAUAACUUCUUGGGACCUUUGCCUUCUACACUGAAAAACUGCACUAGACUACAAGUUUUGGAUUUGGGAUGGAAUAGUUUGGAAGGAAUAAUACCAUCAUGGAUUGGUGAAAGAUUUACUUCAUUGGUUUUUCUCAAUCUGAAAUCAAAUGAAUUUCAAGGAAACAUACCAUUGAAUCUCUGUCAUCUUUCUCAUAUCCAAAUAUUGGAUCUCUCCUUAAAUAAUCUAAAUGGUGCCAUUCCUUCUUGCUUUGCAAAUUUCACAUCAAUGGUCCAGAACACUGGCCAUACAAGUCCCAACAUUUUGAUAACAUAUGGUCCUGACUACAUGGGAGAGUAUCAAAGUCUUGCAUCACGGGUUAUUUGGAAAGGAAUAGAGUAUGAAUAUCAGAGUAUUCUUGGUUUGCUAAGACUGAUUGAUUUAUCGAGUAAUAAAUUGGCUGGAGAGAUACCUGUUGACAUGACUCGUCUUUUGGAAUUGACUCAGUUAAACCUAUCACGAAAUGAGUUGAGUGGAAACAUUCCUAAAGAGAUUGGGAGCUUGACUAAGUUAGAGUCUUUGGAUUUGUCCCAUAACAAGCUUUCUGGUGCAAUUCCCAUCAGCUUGGCACAAGUGUCUCUUCUGAAUCAUUUGGAUUUGUCAAACAAUCGAUUGUCUGGAAAAAUUCCCACAAGCACUCAACUACAAAGUUUCCAUGAUUCUACAUAUACCAUGAACCAUGGACUCUGCGGACCUCCUCUGACAAGUUCAUGUCAUGAAGAUGGAACUUUGGAAGAAGGUUCUUUGGCCUCGGCUCAUGAUAAAGAAGAUGAAACGUGGUUUGAGUUGUCAUGGUUUUAUAAAGGAAUUGGAGUUGGAUUCACUAUUGGAUUUUGUGGAGUAUGUGUCAAUAUAGUGACGAUAAAGCAUAGCCUGAGAAAUAUUCUAUCAAAGGCACUGCGCUGAGAAGAAAGCUUACUGCAAUUGACAUGUUAGUAUUAGAGGUACAUUUCCUUUUAUUAUUACAUGAUAAUUUUGUUCAAAAAUUCAGUCUUAGCAAAAGGCAAUAGCCACUAUAGGGGAAGACAUUGCAUUUUCCUGUAAAAGACUAGAUAUAUGAUUCUUGAAUUCAUUAGUGUCCAACUUAAUUCUAUUUUUUUAACAGCAAUAUAGAUUUAUUUGGAAGGAAAAGAAUCUUUAUGAAUCUAUAGGGGUGUUCUUUAACGUUUUAAUACAAUGUUUUCUUUCAUAUAAAAAAUUUAAAUAUAUAUGAAUCUAUAUUGGCCAAACCACCAUUUAUAUUAAAAAAAAGCUAUUCAUUUUAUAUAUUAUAUAAUAAUUCUAGUUUUGUGAGUGCCUUUAAAAUUUGUAUUUCAAGAGGCCAAGUAAGUUUGGAGUGUAUAAAAUUAAACUAAAUAAUGUUUUCUCUCAUAUUAUUUCUUCCAUGUUUACCUUUUUAAAUAGAUUCCUCUGGUGAUGAAGAUCAGACUUAGUGGCUGCAAGGAUUCUAAGAGUUCAAAGUUUAAAAGCAACAAAAUUAAUGGGUCAAGCUUGAAGCAUUUGAAUC